AUGGCCUUGGCCCAGCGGCAAGUAGCAGUGCAAGAAGGGCCCCUGUACCGCACAGAGGGGUCCCACGUCACGCUGUGGUGCAAGGUGAGCGGCUACCAGGGCCCGGCGGAGCAGAACUUCCAGUGGUCCAUCUACCUGCCCUCAGCCCCUGAGCGGGAGGUGCAGAUCGUCAGCACUGUCGACCCCUCCUUCCCCUACGCCAUCUACACCCAGCGGGUGCGCAGCCGGGGCAUCUACGUGGAACGGGUGCAGGGGGAUGCUGUCCUGCUGCACAUCACCGAGCUGCAGGACCGGGAUGCCGGGGAGUACGAGUGCCACACGCCAAACACCGACGAGAGGUACUUUGGGAGUUACAGCGCCAAGAUGAAUCUCGUUGUGAUCCCCGACUCGCUGCGAGUGACGGCAGUCCCGCAGACGCUGAACAAAGUGGAGCGUGACUCCCUGGAGCUGAAGUGCGAGGUGUCUAAGAGCACGGCCCAGCACAGCCACGUCUCCAUCGCCUGGUACCGGCAGCGGGGCAGCGAGGCGCCCGUGGAGGUCAUCUCUCUCAGCCGCGACUUCGUCCUGCGCGCCGGCAGCGCCUACGCCCAGCGGCAAGCCACAGGGGACGUUCGCUUGGACAAAGUUGGGGAGACCACCUCAAAGCUCACCAUCUACAACCUCCACCCAUCAGAUCAGGGCGAGUUUUACUGUGAGGCGGCAGAGUGGAUCCAGGACCCAGACAAGUCUUGGUAUGCCAUGACCCGCAAGCGUUCCCAGGGUGCCAUCGUCAACGUGCAAGCCACCGAUAAGGAGUUCAGCGUCCGGCUGGAGACAGAGAAGCGGACGUACAUCGUGGGUGAGCCGGUGGAGUUUCGAUGCAUCCUGGAGGCGCAGAACGUCCCUGACCGCUACUUCUCCAUCUCCUGGGCCUUCAACAGCUCCCUCAUUGCCAGCCUGGGGCCCAAUGCUGUGCCGGUGCUCAACAACGAGUUUGCCCAGCGCGAGGCCCUGGGCCAGCUCAAGGUAGCCAAAGAAAGUGACAACGUUUUUGUGCUGAAGAUCUACCGUCUCCGCCUUGAGGACAGUGGCAAGUACAACUGCCGGGUGACUGAGCGGGAGAAGACCGUGACAGGGGACUUCAUCGACAAGGAGAGCAAGCGGCCGAAGAACAUCCCCAUCACUGUCCUGCCGCUCAAGACCAGCAUCUCCUUGGAGAUUAUCAACAACGCCAGCAAUGUCUUGGAGGGGGAGAGCCUGCGCUUUGGCUGCAAUGUGCGCUCGGGCUUCGGGCCCCAAAGCCGUCUCUCCAUUGCCUGGCAGCUGGUGGACAGGCUGAACCGGCGCAGUGAAAUCGUGCGUCUGGAUCGGGAGGGCACCCUGCAGCCAGGCCCCUCCUACGCCGAGCGCAGCAGCUAUGGGGGCAUCCAGGUGGAGCAGGUCCGGCCCGGCUCCUUCACCCUGGAGAUCUUCAACAGUGUCAAGGCGGACGAGGGCCACUACGAGUGCCGGGUGGCUGAGUGGACGCGGACGCUGGAUGGGGAGUGGCAGAUUGUUGGGGAGCGGCACGCGGGCACCCCAGUGUCCAUCACUGCUCUGGAGGCUGGCUUUGCUGUCACAGCUAUCUCCCGCACCCCCGGGGUGACCUACAACGAGUCCUUCGACCUCCAGUGCAUCAUCAAGCCCCACUAUCCGUCGUGGGUACCAGUGUCGGUGACGUGGCGUUUCCAGCCAGCAGGCAGCACCGAGUUUCACGACUUGGUCACCUUCACGCGCGACGGUGGGGUCCAGUGGGGCGACAGGUACACGGGUUUCCGGACACGCACCGCCAUUGAGAAGGCUGAGUCCAGCAACAACGUCCGCCUGAGCAUCAGCAGGGCAAGUGACACGGAGGCGGGCAAGUACCAGUGCGUGGCUGAGCUCUGGAGGAAGAACUACAACAGCAGCUGGACACGGCUGGCGGACAGGACCUCCAACCUGCUGGAAAUCAGGGUCCUGCGUCCAGUGGCGCGUUUCAUACUCUUCUCCACCUUCCCAGCCUUUAGCAUGACUUUGGAAAAGUCAGGGGACACUGAAAGCUCCAGGCGCCUCGUUCCAGGUGCAGAUGUGGCAAUCGAUAUAUGGCAGCCUUUAAAGCAUGUUCAGGUGGAGAAGAGCAUCCUCCAUGUAAGGAUUUUUGAGGAGGCAGAGGUCCAGGUGGUUCCUUUUGAAUCCAGGUGA